AUGCCAACCAGGAUCUAUGUGGGCAACCUCGACAAAGACAUGCCGCCUGAGAAGGAGGAACUCGCCCGGAAGUUCAAGAAGUAUGGCGAGAUGGUAGACGUUUGGGUGUCAAGACAGCCACCAGGAUUCGCCUUUGUGACCUACGAGACCUACAAGGACGCCUUGAAGGCCAUCGAAGGGAUGGACGGGGUGAAGUUCCAGGGGAAGACCCUCAACAUCCAGCUCUCCGUGGGCAAGGGCGGCGGCUUUGCUGGAGCAUCUGCUCAGCCUCCCACCAAACCCAGGCGUAGCCCACGCCGUAGUCCCAGCCGGAGGCGCAGCCGGAGCCGGCACGCCAGACGCAGUCCAGAAAGGAGACGAAGGGAUCGAAGCCACUCCCGCUCAGAGUCCCCAAGAAGGGACAGGGGCUCCCCGUCCUAUGGCCGGUGA